AUGGAAUACAUUGUGGAUUUGUUAACUGGGAAAAAAGAAAAUAUUACAAAAGAAGGAUACGUCGAUGGAAAAGGUUUUAAGGAAGCAAAUCGAAAGUUUUCCACAUAUUUACAACCUGUUUUAGAGCAAAAUGAAUCAGCAAUGGAAAAAAAUAGAAUGUGGCUGGACCUAUCUCAAUUUAUCAUUGAAGAUUUACAAUGGCUUUUAUCUUUAAAACGUAGGAAAUUUUGGUCUUAUGUCGUGUAUUCCAAGGAUGUGCAAUAUCUUUUAGCAUCAAUAAUUAGAAAAACUCCUCCUUACUACUUAAGAAAGUUAUAUGUGUUAAAUGAGGAAAUUGAGAGUACAAUUCAAAAAAUUGAACAUUUAGUUUUUUUAAUUUUGUGGAGGUUAUCUAAUGAUGAAGAAUCAAAAUUAAUAUUUUCCAAAAGUGGUGAUUGUGAAAUUUUUCAUGAUUUUUUUCUUUUUUCUGUUCCGCUUAUUUUAGAUCUGUGUUUAUUGUAUGGUUUUAGUAACAGUACAUUACUCAAAGCAGUUAUAAGUAAUGCAUUUGAAUUUGCUCCCAAUUUUUCUAAAGAUUUUGAAGAGACUACAUCUUAUUUUUUAUACAUAUUAAAACAUUUGAAACAAAAAUUUUCCACAACUGUAGAUAAUUUUGAAACGGAUGAAAUUAAAUUUUUCACUUUAAAACAUAUUUUAUUUUUUCUUUAUGAUACUGUUACAUCGAUGCAAUUAUUUUUGAAUUCAUAUUUGCCUGGUUGCAAAUUUAUGUGUAAAAACAAUUCAGUUAACGAAUUAAUUGGAUUUUAUUCGAAUGUUUUGCCUCAAAUGCAAAACAUUUUUGAUGAUUUUAAAAAUGUUUAUCCUGAUGAAAUUAGUUCAUUGACUGAUUUAAUUAAUGAUGUUAGAAUAGAAUUUUUAAAUAUUGUGAAAAAUUUGUUUUCAUACAUAUAUAGUGAGGCAUUUAAAAAUCCAACUGAAGUGGAAGAUGUUGUAAACGACUUUACAGUAUUGAUGAUAAAUUUAUCAGAAGAGCCGACAUUUUUUGAAGAUUACCUUAAAAUUUAUCCAGUGACAUCAGAAAUGUAUUCAUUUAUUGAUAAUUAUAUUGUGGACACAGCAAAAGUAAAUCACAUAUUAUCAUUAAUUCCUAACAAUGAAACACGGAAUCCAAAUAGUAACAGUGAAAAGUUUUUAUCAAAUGCCAACAAUUCAUCAGAUUCUGAUCAUAAUUUAUCUGUUCUUCUAUCACAAGUUAAAGACAUUUUACCAGAGGAAGAUGAUUCUUUGAUAAAAUCAUGGCUGAAAAACAACAAUUACGAUGUUGAAAGAUUAAUUGUAGGAGUCUUGGAUGGUUCGUUAUGUCUUAAUUCGUCGAGCUCCGACAAAUACAUAAAAGGAAAUUUUAAUUUUGACAAUUUGGAAUCGAAAAAUGAUAGUUAUUCAAAUAAUAUUUUAUCGGAAAGUAGAAAAAACAAAACGUGGAAACAAGAUAUUGGGAAAAUCGAAAAGGAAAGUUACAGUCGUUGGUUUCACGUUUCGGAUCAAAUGUACGACGACGAAUACGAUGAUACAUACGAUGAAAAUCUAUCUAUAGCCUUUAGGGAAGAAGAAGAUGGAGAGAAAAGUAGACGGUCGUAUAUGACCAUGAGACAAAAUAGAGAAUGCGAUAAAAGAAGACAAGAAAAAGAAUCGGAGGAAGAGGAGGAUGAAGAUGAGGAGGAACAAGAUAGUAAAUUUUCAAUCAAUACAAACGAAUCCAAAUAUCGACACGAAAAAAGAGACGUUGUCGGAAGAGGAAAAGGACACGGACAAAGCAAAAAUGUUUUACGAAAUAGGGAAUAUAAAGAAGCGCACAAAUCAUUUAUUGGAAAUCACAAUAGGAAAAGACAAGCGAAAAAGAAAUAA